AUGUACGCUUCCAGGGCGAAGUCCACACGCUUUAAGGCGGUGGUCGAGCGGACACGGCGCCUUCUUCUUAACAGUGCAGCUGGACCUAACGGUAUCCGCGCACUCAGCCGCAGCCUCGGUAUAGCGGUGGACUCCGGUGGUGCGCUUCUGGGGAGGGAAAAGUUUGUAGAGGCACUAAACAGCACCGGUGUACACCUUGACGACGGCGAUGUGGAAGCGGUGAUGUAUGCCUUGGAUAGGAACGGUGAUGGCACGCUUGAUCCUGUGGAUUUCAUUGCAGCACUGCGACGGGAUCUCACACCAUUGAAGCGCACAUGGAUCAUUAGGGUGUGGUACUUGUUCAGCGAAAACCGAGACGGUGCGGUGCAGAUCGAUGAGCUUCUGGGUGUGUUUAACGCCUCUGGGCACCCCGCUGUUGUGUGUGGUGAGCGCACGGAAGCAGAAGUGCGUGAGGAGUUCCAGGCGACGUUCAAUACCACCACCAACCCCGAAGGUGUCAUUACGCGUCAGGAGUUUGAACAGUACUAUUCAUGUGUCGCUGGGACGUGUCCCGACGAUGCUUCGUUUGUGACGCUGAUGCAGGGUGUGUGGCCUGUUGCGGCUGACGCGCCAGAUGAGCGACCUGUGCAACUCGCUAUGGAGCAGAAUAGCGCGAACACAACAUUUAAGGCAACCCUCACCGCGGCUGAGAAGAGCGAUGUCAAUAAGAGGAGACAGCAUGUUGCCGACAUGGAUAAGCUAAUUCGCGAUGUGCAUCGGCCCGCUGUCAUGUCGGAUCCACUUGCUGUCCGUCAACUCUCGCUCUCUCUGCGUGAGGUUGACACUGACGGGGCAUUCUUCCUUUCGAGGGACACCUUUCUGGCUGCGUUGUGGAAACAGCGACUUUACGUUACGAAUCCACAGGACCUUCUCGCCGUUCUAGACACGAAGGGCGAUGGCUCGGUGGACUAUCUACUGUACAUGAUGAUGCUGCUUCCUCCGUUACCAUCGGCACGGCUGAUGAUGCUCGAGAGACUUUGGGAUCUGUUUCCAAAGGACACAUCUGGAGGUAUCGACGUUUUGGAGCUCCACAAACGUUUCCAGGCGAAGGACGGGGAGGAAAAGAAUGCUUUCCUUGGGGCGUGGGAUGUCCGACGCGCCAUCCAGCGGCGUGUCACGAUGGAGGAGCUCAUUGAGUGGUACACGCCUGCGAGUCUUGCGACUCAAUUGGACAAUGAGUUUGACACACUCCUAAAGAGGCAGUGGGGCCUCGUCUAG